AUGGCAUACUAUCCGUUCUACCCAGCGAGGAUGAGGGAUUUUCGCGUCAGUUCUUUGCUUGAAGGCUGCUCACAAUUCAUCCCUGGCGUGCCAGGAAGUAGCUCGUCGAUUUCGAACAAUUUAAACUCGAACGGUCCGUUUUCAUAUUCUCCGUACCAUCCACCGCAAAUAGCAAAACAACCUUCUCACUUCGGCCCAAGUGCUAUUCCUGGUCCUCCGCAACAAGUUCAUAUGCCAGUUCACGAUUCGGAACAUGAGAGUAUCGAUGUCAACUUAGAAAAUAAGGAUCUAUGGCAGAGUUUUUACGAGGAGAAAACAGAAAUGGUUAUAACCAAAGCAGGAAGGUACAACGCUUUCACUUUUGGCCAGCAAAUGUCCGGUUUAUGUAGCCUUGGAAUUUCGCAGCGAGGAAUUGUGUCGAUUUAAACGCCUGGAGGUCUCGAUGCGUUGCAAAUACCAAAUUGGUUCCAAAUUAAACAGACAAUUUUGUCUGCGAAAAAGCUAAACAAUCCCGUUGAACACAUUUCACUCCUUGAGGUGUAACACUUUUAAGCCGGCCAAGAACCGUCGCCGAUUUCAUCGCCCAUGUAAAUUUGAAACGUUCGUGUCCUAAUAUUUUUGUCUUCUGUCAACAGGCGUAUGUUUCCGCCAGUGAAGGUGCGCGUGACUGGCCUGGACCCUCGGGCAAAAUAUUUCUUUCUCAUGGACAUUGUCCCCGCAGAUGACUGCCGAUACAAGUUCCACAAUUGUCGCUGGAUGGUGGCUGGCAAAGCCGACCCUGAGAUGCCUAAACCUCUCUACAUGCAUCCGGAUUCACCAAGCACUGGAGCGCAAUGGAUGCAGAAAACUAUUUCAUUUCACAAGAUGAAAUUGACGAACAACAUCGCAGACAAAUACGGCUAUGUAAGUUCCUUUUAAGCCUUUGAAAUCAAGCCUCUUUAUUCGUUUUUUCAUACAUUGCCGUCACAUCUGUAAUUAUUUUUGUUUGUUGAUUGUGGUUGAUGGCCGAUUUAUCUCUUUAGUUACUUACUGUUUACUCGCUUUUCUGUCCCACAGACAAUCCUAAACUCGAUGCACAAAUACCAACCAAGAAUCCAUGUUGUAAGAGCGGAUGAUACUUACAAACAUCCCUACAGCAAUUUUAAGACUUUUUCAUUUCCUGAGACGGCAUUUAUCGGAGUGACGGCUUAUCAAAAUGAGAAGGUUUGUGUCAGUCCAGUGUAAAGUCAGCGAUUGCUUUCACCGCUUGGGUUGAAUUUCAAAUCCUUGUCCCUUUUUUCAAGAGGUUUUGUGUUCGUUAAAUUUGAUUUGGCUUAAGAGGGAGUUUCGAGUAUUAGCGCUUUCAUUCAAGGAGCUGUUUGAGCUUUGUUGUCGAAUCGUUAUCGGUUCAUUGGAAGAAUGGCCGAUCUUUCCAUAUCAAGUUUAUUUUCACUCAUACAAAAAGUAAUAAGUUCAUAAAAAUACAGUUAUAAGAGGGUCCCUUUGACAAAAAUUUGAGUGUUUUCUAAAAUUCGUUAAAAGUCAAGAACUUUAUUUAUUUUACACUUCGAUUUUCUUCCUACUUGAAGCGAUACAUCUAACGGUAAUAUCUACUGUAGGUUAGCGCUAUCCGAAGUUUUAACAAUGUUCCAAUUUGAACGCCAAAUUGGCAAGGUUGGCGUGUCUUUUGAAUAAGCUUUGAAUGAAAAUUGCCAGAUUAAAAGAGCUUAAAUUUAUCUCUCCUCGUUGUUCUCCAAUAUUUUUCUUUUGUAAUGUCUUGGAGAAGUAGAAUAUUCAGGAAUAUUAUUCUCUGACGUUGAAUAUUGUGGUAAAUACAACCUGCGCUUCUCUUGAAUAUAAAUCGAUUCUAUUCGAAAGUAGGAUGGGAGACUUUUUAGUAUUUGCCGAGGUGUUUCGGUUUUAAUACUUCAUACUUGCUCGUGAAUGUUUACAGUUUUCGUGUUUUUAAAUAUCCACAAUAAAAUCGUAUUGAGGAAUUAAAAUGUUCAUCCUUCCCUUGGUACUGACGCUUCGAGUGACAAACGUCCUUUAAACCAUAACCUGGCCGUUGAAUUAUUAAGUUAUCCCUGGUCUUUUGGUAACACAGCUCUGGGGGAAAAAAAAAGUAUAGGACUUCAUUCUACUAAACUCACGACUGUGAUAUAUUUUUUUCCCUAAUAGAUAACCAAGUUGAAAAUCGACAACAACCCUUUUGCGAAAGGUUUCCGAGAACACGGAGCAGGUCAUCGAAGGCGUUUGGAGCGAAGGUACAACUCACUGUACCCUGUUGUAUGACACCGAUCUAUUUGAAUUUCAUUUUCACCAUGGUCCUAGGGUCAUGUUAAUCUGUUUCACUUAAACGCUGACCCCUUGGGUACAAGUAGUUAAUACCCAAGGCGAAGGCCUCAAAUUUUUGGUACAAAGAAACAUGAGAAAACAACUGUUUUGACACACAAAGCCGCGAACAAGCCACAAUGAAUAUCCUGCGUGCGCGAUUUUCACACUUGUCUUAUCACCUCUAUAUUCAUUUUGAAGGCAACGCAGCAACCCAGAACAUUCCCUAAACGAAGAAGACGAUGUUAAUAACAGCGACGAGGACGAAGAUAGCAAAGAACCCGGCGUUCCUGGUUCUUCAAACGAAAUUCACACCGGUGAGUUUAAUUCGUUUUACGACACCGCCUUCUUUGAAUAGCGAGUUCGCUCAAAAGAAAUGUGCCGCUUACCGCAAUGGGACAACUUCUGCGCCAUUCAAGAUCUUAUAAUUAACUUGCUCAGUUAGGUUUAACUCUCAGAAUCUUACUUUUGGUUAAAGAAUUCCAGGCAUUAAAUGGCUAAUGGUUUUAUUGCCAAGUUUGUUCCGAAAUUAUUUUAUAUCCGGACUUAGUAUCAUCUAAGAGUUCCCUUUUAACGCCAGUGCUCUGUGUAACCUUGGAUCCAUGACUAGGUAGUCUGGAUUUACAUUGAUAUUUCGAGUUUUGGAGUCAAAGAUCGUCUUCAUUCAUUGCGAUUCUUUCAAAGUAGAUAUAAAACGAACUAAAGAAAGAUUUGGAUUAAUCUCAAGAGAAUUGUCACAGCUGCUGCCAAGAUAAACUCCUAAACGGGACAAUUUCAUUUAAAAAUUCCUCCUUCGUUUAUUCAUCAGGAAAAACGUUUUUGUACUGUUUGGCUAAGAAAUACGGCUGGUUUAUGAGCAAUUGAUUUAAUUCUGAUGUCUUUUUGUUGGUUCUUUCCGAAUAAACCUUUUUUCUUCUGGGUUUGUAGAAAGCUCUCUCAUUGAUUCAAGUCUCAAUUGUAUACUCCUUUUCAUCAUAAUUAGAAGCUUCCACUUAGUUUCGGUGGAAAGAAAAGCAGGGCUGUCUAACUCUCUUUGUCUUUUAGUGCUGUGUUUUCUAUUUAAGCUUUUUGAAACUAGUUUUUUCAGCAUAUCAGUAUAGAAACCUAGUUUCACAUUGCUAACAGGAAAGAGGAUAAUUACACCAACGUCGACGGUUUUUGCUCUUCAGGAUAGACAAACGCUUCCAAAAUAAUUUAGCUUUUUACAGCAGUGAUUUAAACAUUAUGUGAAAGGAUCCAAAUUAAGAUCCCUCUUUCGAUUAGCUUGGCCUUUCGUUUCAUUGUAGUAAAUAAAAAAAGCAACAUUCUACUGCUAACUGCGAAGGAAAGCGCUCAAAGUGACAUAGCGUAGAGCAUCAACACAUUCUCGACGAUUCAAUUUUGCGAGCCUUUUAAUAUAAUUUUCGCCAUGGCCGUAAAUAUUUCACUGAAUUCAGCACUAAAAGUGCGAUAUGUUAAAGUGACAUAGGACUACAGGCGUUUUGUUUCUUGGUAACUCUGAAUUUGGUGUGAGUGUUUACCUAGGUUUUCAUAUUACAGGUAUAAUCGUUAGGCCUAUGAAACGGAGAUAUUACGGAAGAUACAGUAAUCACAGCUAAAGAAAAAAUAUAUCCGCGGAAGAGUUGGGCGUGUCUCAAUUCAGUGUGAUUGAAAUUUUUAUCAUUUUGCUUUUCUUUAGCGUCACAGAAUAUUUCAUUUCCGUAUUUCUGUUUGUGUAUGAAGUUUGGUGCCAGUGUUUGCUUCCCAAAGUGUGAAAUAUUGGAAGUUUUUAAUUCUGCUCCUCUUUAGACUGCGCACUCGAGGUGCAAAUGUUCGUCGGCUCUUGAAACAAUCAGCUUUGAUUGUGAAUUGUAGAGGUGCCUAGGGGUAACGAUGAACAAGGAUGAAUGAAUGGUUCAUUUCAAACUCUUGUUGUCUUGAUUUCGUGCUGGUAGUCCUGAACUUAUUAAGUUAAGCUGGGUAAAAGUGGGUGAUAAUUCUAUCUUUUGUUGGAAGCUCGAGGAUACAUUUACAGUUGCUGACCGAGUUUUCCCGCCUCUCCUCAAACGUACCAACGCACGAAGCAAAAAUCAGCUCUGCUAGAAGAGUGAAUUUUUUAGAGCCAUGUAGGAAAUAUUACGACAGAUUUAGCUACCAGUAAACGAAAAAUUUUAGACCCUAUACUUUAAAAUGUACUUCUAUUGUUUCUCAGACGAACCUGUUCCGCACGCGUUGUUAAAAUGCAGGUUCAGUAUUGGUGCUCAUUAGCUUAUUAGAAUCAGAAGUUUUUUCUCUGUGCACAAUUUUGAUGUAACUGGCAAAAACACACAAAACAAUUUUAUGACUGGCUUUCAUUUUUCUGUCAGAAACGUUGAGCAAAUUUGCAGUGAAAUAUGACGAUUUUACGAGAAGUCUUAAUGAAGACCAAACGUGCGAAAUCUAUGAUUCUUUCUUCAGUUUCCGUCUGGAUGUGUUUAUGUAAUCAGGGCGAAAAACUGAUUGUUUUUAAUGAAACCACAGUCGAAAGCAAGGUGUUCAGCUUUCUCGUAUCGAAUGACAAACUAAAUUACACUAUAUUUUUUAUACAACCUUUUACUUGAAUAAAAAGUUCCACCCAUCAGAAGUGUUUUCUAAAGCUUUCGAAAGGGAACAAUAGAAGUGUUGUCGCUCAUAAUGAAAAACACCAAUCCGCCCCCUUAAAUGAAUUCUAAAUCUGUCCUACUCGCAGGUGCAUAUGAAGAAUUUAACUGUUGUAACAAACUACUUAGCUCUGUGGCCAAUAGUUUUAAUUUUUAAAAGACGUUUAUUUAUCCCUUGCAUAAUUUCAAUUCAAGUUUAAGCAUCAAAACACUAUAGCUUAUCUUUUUCGUAAAUAUUCUUGAAGUGAGCUUUAAUUUUCCUGGUAGUCUAUAAUAGAGAGGGCUUAAGAAAAAGUUAGAUCAUGAUCGCACGCUCAUUUAAAAAACGAAAAUAAUAAUAGCAAAAUAGUAAAUCAAACAUUGCCGGCUUUCUAGAUGCAGUGGAUCAACUCGCGACACUUUGAGAUGGGUGCUGUUUGCAAUUCGUGUCUCAAACAUCGCCUAUAACACCAGGUAACCAGGAAACCGACGGACCAGGAAAUAUGUUUUUAACUUUCUUGUUUGAAAAGCUGUCAAUUCGCGAUCUGUCUCUCAGUAACGCCGUGUAAUAAAUCACUCAACUUGUUUUCGUCGCUAAACUACUAUAGCUUUUGAUGUAGCAAAGUGAAAUGCGAGGCAUCUUAGUCGACGCUUCUAUCCACGUUGAAGUUAAAUUUCGUGCGCAAAAAAACAGCCUAGAUGGUAAAAGCUAUUCAAUACUCAUAAAGGAAAAGCUUAAUUUUCUAUUAUUUGGUUUGGGUGCCUGUAUCACCUCCCAAUUUUCGUUUCGAUUACAGAUCAGCGCACUCGAUAUGUUUCGUUGGUUUCCCUAGCGCUUGUCAGUUCCAAAACCGUCUUAGAAACUAUCAGCAAAAUUCUCACGCCCCAGUGUAUAUUUUCUAAUCAUUACCUAAAAAAGUCAUUGAUGUGCACGAUAAAGUUUGCUCAAGGACGCAUUUACGUUUAAAGAAAUUCCCCUUUAUUUGCGUUUUUUCGUUGGACAGUAGCGCAUUGAGUCGAUUUAAAGAAAGUUUGUUUUUGUUCUCAUACCUGUUUCACGUUCAAGAGGAUUUUCUUUCAUUUUUGUGCGCAAUACUUGUUUCGCCUCGGGCUUUUCAUUGAACACUAAGUUCGUUUUUGUUUCUUUGAAUAAGACAUUAAGUCUCAAGCGAAUCUGCGGUUCCAUUUAAAUGUGUAAAAGCUUUAAUUAUUUAAAUCUUCCAACUAAGUAUAGUCUCUUCGUUGUGUUUGGCUUUCUGCAAUCCUUUUCAAAGGUAUUUGUUGCUAGGUCGUUUUGAGGAUUUGUAGGGAAUUUUUAUUAUUAUGCUACUCAGAUGUAGAACACAAUGGAGUCAUUGAAGAUGAAAGAAAUCCUCUCUCCUUCGGUAAAUUAAGAAGCAAUUGUAGCUGAAGGGAUCUUGACUUGUUUGGAUAGCAAACUAUAGCACGUGGAAUGAACUUGCUCCCUCCAGUGUAGGUCGCUUACGCAUUUUAAAACUUUAAAUUUUGGUCAUAGGUACAAUUCUUCGUAGUUUUUUUUUUGUUUUUUUUUUUUGCGAUACUUUUACUGAAUCGCAAACCGACCCUAGAGAUAUUUUUCGGCUGUUUUGAACUCGAAGCAAUAGCAUUUAUUAUUUUUCCGUCGGGGAUAUUUGUAUUGUUUUCUUUUAAAAACUUGACGAAAUCACAGCUGAACUGGAAAGCGAGUAAACAAAGCUACCGGAAAAAAGAGGCUUUGAAAAUAAUUAAUAUUUCAGCUGCAGCACACAAUUAAAAGGAUGAAGCUGAAAAUAGCUGAAAUAUCGCAGUUUAUUGACUACAAAUGAAAUUUUUACACCAUUGCCUUGUUCAAAUCCUUUCGGAAAUUUGAAGUCCGCCUACCAACUCGUUGAUGAGGCUGUGAUGGGAUCUUUCAAUAGGUUCUUUCCGCGCCUUACCUUUGUGAUCUGGUUUCACUUGAAGAGAAUAUUCAAUUUAUGCUAUCCAGGCUUUGCAUUAUCUCUUUCUUCUAACAAUAGACCCGUCGCGUUUCCAUAAAAAAUAUUCUAUCCUAAGUAUUUACCAGCAUUUGUUAGGUCGGAAAGGUUUGUCGAUUUGUAAGGUCUUGGGUCUUCAAUAAUAAUCUAAAACGUAUGGUUAGUUAUGUUCAUAGUGUGUUUUGGAAAGAAACUAAAUACAUAUAACUCUUUCAUCUUCACAACGUGUUUUAAUGAAGUUGUGAAAACUUUAGGUCAGGAUUUUUUAGCGGAGAAAACAAAAUUUGUUCUACUUUAAGAUCACAGUUUAAGGUCGCGUCGCUCAGCGAGUCCAAAUCUCUGUUUUCCCUUUUCUUUUUGAUUUAUUUUGUCGAGAUAGUGCACGUGUUUAAACAGUGGGUCGCUCUAAAGAAACCAAGACAAAAGAAUCAAAGAACUACAAGUUACCACCCUGUCUCAUUGAAAUGAUGGAGUUUAUGUUUAUUUACCGAUUUUUUUCCAAUGUAGAUAACAAAAAGAGAUUUUCGAACUUCAUAAUGUAAUCGUCGUUUCUGUGAUUAAACCGUCAACUCGCUCAAGUAGGUCGGGAAAUUGACUGAUACUUCUCGAGGAUUAGAGGAUAAAAAUCAACUGACCCAGAAACGGAAUAAUUUCAUUGUACUUCUUCAUAACAGUCACGGAGCAAUAUUAAUACUGUCUCGUGUUCGGCUUAUCGGUAAAACCAUUUUGGUACCCUGUGGCUUAGGUACUAAGCAAGAAAUUAUACCAGCAUAGAUGUUGACGCUGAAUUUUUUAAUGUGAUCUGUGGAAAUUUCUCUCUUCAUAACCUGUCGUUGAGGCUUUUUUGUCAAAAUGAAAAUUUUCUGUAGCAAAGAAGUUUUCGUGCUCACGUGAUACUGAUUUUUUACAUAGGCAACCGAGAUAGUGACUUUUAUAUGAUACAAUCAGGAAAAGCCAAGUAAAAAUCAGUUUUCCUUCGUAGAUUGAUACAAAAUUCUUAGAGCAGAAGCAGCGUUCAAAGUUGACUUAAACUUGCAAAGCACAAAUCGCUUUUUGCAACACGUAAAACUUUUAAAGAUAAACAUCACUGAAAUAUUCUCUAACAGAUGGUCUGCCGCUUUCCUAGGUUCACCAGUUGAUGGUAGCCCCUUGUCAGGUAUCCCAUCAUCCACUGAGGACAUAAAACCUGUGAUUCAAGUCGACAAGGGUCGUACCUGCUCUAACACCCUGACCCAUUCUCCCUCACCGGUACCAAAGGCACUACCUGCGCCGGAGAUCCUAACACAAAGUCAACAGUAUAGCGACUUUUCCCGACCAUCCAGCCUGCACAUCUCUGAAGACACCAAACCUGUAAUUUUGCCGACAAAUUCAAGCGAGAGUGUAUCUUGCUCGGCCUCGCCCCAUCUAAAAAUACAGAGCACGCGCUCGAUGCAUAUGGACAUGCGAUACAGUCCAUACCCCAGACCUCCUUAUUCAAUGAGUGGAAUGCCCUCCAGUUUCCUUUCACAGCACGCACACGGCCAUAUGUACCCGUCGUAUAGUGUGCCACAAGUUGCUACUUACCCAUCGUGUCAAGUGGGGCAGUCUUACCCACCCUGCACGGUAAACCAACAAAGUUUCGGCUACCCGGCCUCGGUGUCCUCAAACAACAUGCUUGGACUGGGAAGCAGCACCGCAAGUUCGGACCUUACAUCGACAAUGGACUUACAUGGAUCAGCGGACAGGACGCCCGUAAUGGAACACAGAACGACGUAA